AUGGAGAAGCUCGCCAAUGCUCGGCCGUCGCCGUUUCUUGAGCCUACAUCAACAACAACACCAAAUACCCUGGCAAUCAUCAGUCUCUCCAAAGAACACUUCCAGCCCAUCACUCUGCAGGAAUCAGCUGGCGCCGUGGACGGAUAUGCGGAAGGCGUCACCCUUAACACAAGAUUUGGCUCGUUUCCGCAUUCCACAUUACUCGGCCUUCCUUGGGGCUCGCAAGUCCGAGCCUCCGUAGUCGACACAGGGUCUCGGGGUCGCAAGCGCCGCCGAGACCAAGUCGAGGACGAAGAGACACCCACUUCCAAUCAGGAUGAUGGCAACGAUACGCCGCCAUCUUCGGCGCCGGCGAAAAGGGCCAUUGCCGCUUCCAGCGGCUUCGUUUACGUGCUCAGACCGACGCCAGAGCUGUGGACGAGCAGUCUGCCUCAUAGAACACAAGUUGUCUACACUCCUGAUUACAGCUAUAUCCUGCAGCGAAUCAGGGCUCGGCCCGGCACCAGAAUCAUCGAAGCAGGAGCUGGUAGUGGAAGCUUUACACAUGCCUCAGCGCGCGCAGUUUACAGUGGUUACCCCGAGUCAGAUUCAGAUUCAGACGCGAGGGGCAAGGUGUUCAGCUUUGAGUUCCACAAGCCUCGGUUUGAAAAGAUGGAUGCCGAAAUCAAGCAGCAUGCGCUCCAAGGAAUAGUCCAAGUGACACACAGAGAUGUGUACGAAGAAGGGUUUUUGAUUAAUGGCACAUCCCCCCAGGCCAGCGCCAUCUUUCUGGAUUUACCGGCUCCCUGGGAAGCUCUGCAUCACUUGGCGCGGCGCAAGACGCUCAAGGGGGGCAAGCUUGAUGAGCAUUCCGGCGACUGGGAAUCGCCAUUGGAUCCAAACAAAAGCGCGCAUAUUUGUACCUUCUCGCCAUGUAUCGAACAAGUGACGCGGACUGUCACGGAGCUGCGAACCUUGGGCUGGACCGAUAUCGACAUGGUUGAGAUUGCGCACCGCGGGUUCAACAUCAUGAGAGACCGUGCUGGAGUCAGUAUAACUAGCGAGAAAGGCUUCAGCGCUCAGCCUGCUGAUGUUACAGAGGCUGUCAAAAAGCUCAAGAGCGAUCUGAAGCGGACCCAAGACUUCCACAAAGCCCAAUCGUCGCAGCUAGUCUCGGAUGCGUCAGAGUCCAAGAUGGAUGUUGAUGAAUCCACACCCGAAUACAAUGGCGGAAACUCGAGAAUUUCGACCAAGAACGAGGAUCCGCUGUGGCUUCAGGGCAGGCUUGUCCACCGUACGGAAAACGAACUCAAAACCCACACGUCGUAUCUUGUAUUUGCCAUUUUACCCUGUGAAUGGGACGACGCUGCGGAGGAGGCAGCUCUAGCAAAGUGGCCCUGCGGAGGCGAAAAGAAAACGAUUGGAAGCUUGGACAAGCAGGCGCGAAAAGAGGAGAAAAGGGAGAUGAUGGCUGGAAAAAGGCAAAAAAGGACUAGAACACAUGAUACCCAGACAGCUUGA